CCCCACCCUCUCAGGGGGAGCGCUUGAGGCGCAGCUCCACGCAGUCCCAGCGGCGGCCCACGGCGGCCGAAGAGGCGCAGCUAUGAGGGUUUCCCGCGAGAACUCCAUAGAGGACCGAGAGCUGGAGCGAGGGGCGGCGGCGCCCUCCGAGUGUCCUGCUAGAGUCCUGGAGGCUGAGCAGUCUACUGACGCGGAUUCUGACUUCGACGUAGAGACCGAAGGUUCUCUGAGCGAGAAGGCGGGUAUUCGUGGGCUUGGAGAAGUAGCCAAAGACACUAUCUACCUGGGAUCUUGUCAGACCCAUGGUGUUGUGCCUGCAUCCUCCUUCUUGCGCCAAGGGAGUUCUCCGGAGCUGAGCAUGCCACACCGUGGCCUGGGGCCUCAGGGAGUCCGGGCCUUGGCUUCUGCUUUGAUCACCAAUCCCUACAUCAGGAAGUUGGACCUUCGAGACAAUGGACUCUGUGUCACUGGUGCCAAGGCCCUGGCAAAUGCCCUAAGCAAAACUGGCAGCAUCUAUGAGGUGGACCUGUCAGAAAACCAGCUGGGGGCAAAGGGAGCCCAGGCUCUGUGUGCUGCCCUGAUGGUGAGCCCAGCCAUCCGGAAGGUACAGCUGGCAGGAAACAGCCUGGAGGAGGAAGCCGCCCGGUAUCUUGCUGGACUCCUGCUGGCACGCACAAGCCUAAAAUCCCUGGACCUGAGCUAUAACCAGUUGAAUGAACAAGCAGGGGAGACACUGGGACCAGCCCUGGCAGAAAACACAGGACUCACUGAGCUCAACUUAAGCUGGAAUCACCUUCGAGGCCCUGGAGCCAUAGCCUUUGCCAGGGGCCUGGAGGCAAACAUCUUCCUGAAGGUUCUGGACAUCUCUUACAAUGGCUUUGGAGAUACUGGAGCCUCUGCCGUGGGCGAGGCACUUAAGACCAACAAUGUGUUAGAGGAACUCAACAUGAGCAACAACCGCAUCUCUGCAGUGGGAGCUCUGGGCCUGGGCCUGGGCCUUCGGGUCAACCAGACACUGAGGAUCCUUGUUAUGGCCAGGAAUCCCAUGCGAAGUGAAGGCUGCUCUCGUCUUCUUCAAUCUCUCCAGAACAAUCCACUGUCAGUGCUAGAACUGCUGGAUUUCUCAGACAUUCAGGUGGAUACUGACUUUGAUGACCUCUCCACUGUCAUGAAGGCUCUUCUUCCUGGGCUUUGUAUAAAGACUGCUGCUCGCAGAAUGGAAUACAAAAAGGACUUGCUGGGUCCGGGUGGUGGCGCACCUGGUUAAGCGCAUAGUUUACAGUGCACAAGGACCUGAGUUCGAGCCCCCGGUCCCCACCUGCAAGGGGGAAAGCUUUGCAAGUGAUGAAGCAGGGCUGCAGGUGUCUCUCUGUCUCUCUCCCUCUCUAUCACCCCCUUCCCUCUCGAUUUCUGGCUGUCUCUAUCCAAUAAAUAAAGAUAACAAAAACAAUUUUUCAAAAAGGACUUGCUGCCAGUCUAGCACCUUCCUGACCAGCAUUUGGCCCUGACUGCUCCUGGGAUAUGACUUCCUCUCAGCCUCUCAGCUACUCUAGCUUUCAAAUGGAAAAUUCUUAGGUGCCCAGUGGGGGAGACAGCAUAAUGGUUAUGCAGAGACUCUCAUGCCUGAAGUAGCAAAGUCCCAGGUUCAGUCCCCCACACCACCAUAAGCCAGAGCUGAGCAGUGCUCUGGUAAGAAAAAGAAAAAAAAAAAAAAAAGUACUAUGGGAUGAUCUCACUCUCAGGCAGAAG